AUGAGCUGGACUUGUCCGCGUUGUCAGCAACCAGUUUACUUUGCUGAGAAAGUCAGCUCCUUAGGCAAGAACUGGCACCGUUUCUGCCUGAAAUGUGAGCACUGCCACAGCAUCUUGUCCCCGGGUGGGCAUGCAGAGCACAACGGGAGGCCAUACUGCCACAAGCCUUGCUAUGGGGCUCUCUUUGGACCGAGAGGGGUCAACAUUGGUGGUGUAGGUUGCUAUCCCUACAGUCCCCCUGCUCCGUCCCCUGCCAGCAGCGUUUCCCUCAGCCCCAGCAACUUUAGCCCCCCAAGGCCAAGGGCUGGCCUCCCCCAGGCCAAGAAAAGCCCUCCCUACACAAAGACAUUCACUGGGGAGACCUCGAUGUGCCCUGGAUGUGGAGACCCUGUCUACUUCGCUGAGAAGGUGAUGUCUUUGGGCAGAAAUUGGCACCGCCCCUGCCUGAGGUGCCAUCGUUGCAGGAAGACCUUGACUGCUGGGAGUCACGCGGAGCAUGAUGGCACACCCUACUGUCACAUCCCCUGCUACGGAUACCUGUUUGGCCCCAAAGGUGUGAACAUUGGCAAUGUGGGUUGCUACAUCUAUGACCCAGUGGAGAUAAGAUCCAAAUGA